AUGGCGCCCCGCCGCCCGUAUGCCGCCAGCCCGCGAGGCCCGCAUCCGGCCCCCGCGGCCCGAGCCGCCGCCGCCCCGCGCGCGCCUCCUCUUCCAGCGCGCCAGCGCGCCGCCCUCUUCCUCUCGCCGCCGAGCGCCGCCCGAGCGCGUCCCCUCCGGCCGGCCAACUGCGCCGCCGCCCGUCUCCGCCCGUCCGCCCGCGUCCGUCGCCGGCGCGCCUCGCCGACGACCGCACCGCCGCGCCCGUCCCCGCGCCACUCCGGCCGCGUCCCCGCCGGCGCCUCCUCCUCCUCCCUCGCCCGAAACUCCGGCGAGCCACUGCCACGGCUGGUUUUGGCCGCCCCUAUUGUUGGUCUAGAAGGGUCGGCCUCCUCCCUGAUAAUGGUUGUUGGAGUAAUGGCCACCACCGCCACCACCAUAGUGGUUGCCGUGGUCGCCAUAGUAGCCUCCGUCGCCGCCAUUUUUGUUGGGGUAGUGGCCGCCGCCACCGUUUCCAGUGCCACGACGAGGACCGCUGCCGCCGCCGUUGUUGGGGUUGCCUCCGGCGCCGCCGCCGUUGUUGGGGUAGGGGCCGCCACCGCCACCGCCGCGGCGAUAGCCCUUGGCCGAGCCACCUCCUCGGCCGCGUGA